CUCGCAGUCCCAAGUACACUCCGGAACCUUCACUGUCAAUGACUCGUUCACCUUCCUGCGAAUCGUGCGAGUACACCAAUGCAGCGGUCGUUGAAGAGCAACUGCGGCAGAUGCAGAAGCAACUGAACGAGAUCAGCAUCAUACCAAUGCAGAUUCAAGCAACGCUCAGCUAUCUGACGAAAGCCUUGGCCAAGUUCGCCCCACCCGAGUUGCAACGGGAACUGCCCGUGUCUUUGCGGAGCAGUUCGGUGCGGGAAACCAUUCCGGAAGAAAGCGAAUCAACAGAUGAAGACGAACAGGAUGAGAACGAAGAGGGCUAUGAAGACGACGAGGAAUAUCUAACGCCGAUCCUGGAAAGAAUAUUUGACGAAUCGGACGUACUGAAAAUGAUUCCACAGAGAGAGUUGGGCGAUGACGUUGAUCGGCGCGAGGACGGCCCUGACCAGGAUGAGGAAGCGGAAGUUAGCGAAGAAGAGCGUUUGAAACAGGAAAAGCAGGAGCGGGUUAGCAAACUGGAAAGAUCAUGGCCGUGGAGUCAGACGGCCAAACCGAUUCAUAAGAGAUCGAACUGUCAUCUGGUGCCUAGCGUGGCGUUGGAAAAGUCCAAGAUCAAACAACUAACCGAAGGGGAUCUGCCGUUCUAUAACCGAGGCUACCGUCAGAGGAUUGGAAACUGAUGAAAGUGGGCUUUUCCAAUGUUUAUGCUAUUUGCCAAAUAAAUUUGAAUUUCGAAUAAA